CCCCUCCUAGACGUCUCUCUUUUGUUUUUUUUGUUUUAGGGUUCUUCGAUGAUCUGACGGAGAAAGAAAGAAAAAGGGGGAAAAAAAAAAAGGAAAGCAAAAGCAUAGCAUAAAGAAUCAUCAUCAUCUGUGAGAAAUCGCCCUGCUUUGAUUUUCUACACCAGACUCCCCAGUUUUUCCAGUUUCUGUAUAUUGUGCCCUUCUUUAUGUUUUUGGGAACUUCUUGAACCAUUUUUGAAACUUCUCGGGUUAAUUGGCCUAUUUAUAUUCGAUUUGGUAGCUUGUAACGGUGAAUAACUAGAGAUUUAAAGUAAUUUGGUGAUCUUUUGGAGAAUUUGAAUGAUUGACGUGAUUCUGUGAUCUGGGAGUUGUUGAAGAUUAAACAAUUUGUUCCGUAAAACUUUUGAGUUUGCUUGCUGAUUAUUCUUUGUACAGUUGUCCGAAAACUGAAGGAAUUCGGUUUCUUAAAGUUUCUGGUGCGUGAAUUUGCCUGAUUCUCAAGCUUAUAGUUUAGAUAUUUUAAUAGAUCAGAGGUUUUGUGGGGACAAUUAAAGUUAUUGGCUUUGAGGGUGUGCGUAGAGAUCACUUGAUUUAUGAUUAGAAAGGGGAAAUGGCCGCUGGAAUGGAUUUCUCACCUCCUUUUGCUGUAUUAGAAGGCGGGUAUAGUAGGGAUAACGUAUCAUCCACAGAAAACCAGAACUCGGAGAAUUUGGAUUGUCUGAAACAAACUGCAAAUGGGAAACCGCCUAGGCACCUCUCGGUUAUGCGGCAUAGUAUGAAUUCUAUGAGAAUGAUGGCUGCUGCCGAUCUGGCAAUGGAUGUUGGGAUUGUUGUCAGUAAGUCGCCUUCUGAUGAAAAAUCAAAUUUUCUACCAGUUUUCCGAUCAGGGAGCUCUGCUGAAGGAGGGCCUAAACAGUUCAUGGAGGAUGAACAUAUAUGUAUAGAUAAUCUUAUUGAGCAUCUAGGUUCAACUGCCAAUUUCCCCACACCUGCAGCUUUCUAUGGGGUUUUUGAUGGUCAUGGGGGGACAGAUGCAGCAUCAUUUGUUAGAAAUAAUAUACUUAGGUUCAUAGUUGAGGAUUCACAUUUUCCAAUUUGCGUGGAGAAGGCAAUUCAAAGUGCUUUUGUGAAAGCUGAUUAUGCAUUUGCAGAUGAUAGUGAACUUGAUAUCUCCUCUGGCACCACUGCUUUAACUGCCCUUAUUUUUGGAAGGACCUUGAUAAUUGCCAAUGCUGGGGAUUGCCGAGCAGUGUUAGGGAAGCGAGGUAGAGCCAUUGAGAUAUCCAAAGAUCACAAACCUAAUUGCACAUCUGAAAGACUGAGAAUUGAGAAACUUGGUGGAGUCAUAUAUGAUGGCUAUUUAAAUGGCCAAUUAUCUGUCGCCCGUGCCAUAGGAGACUGGCACAUGAAGGGCCCCAAGGGUUCCGCAUGCCCUUUGAGUGCAGAGCCAGAGUUGCAGGAGAGAAAUCUAACUGAGGAUGAUGAAUUCUUGAUUCUGGGUUGUGAUGGCCUGUGGGAUGUAAUGAGCAGCCAGUGUGCAGUGACCAUUGCAAGGAAAGAACUGAUGCUCCAUAAUGAUCCAGAAAGAUGCUCAAGAGAGUUGGUGAGGGAGGCACUAAAGCGCAAUACGUGUGAUAAUGUCACAGUGGUAGUGGUUUGCUUUUCUCUAGACCCACCCCCUCGGAUCGAGAUCCCACAAUCUCGUGUUAGAAGAAGCAUAUCAGCAGAAGGCCUGAAUUUACUCAAAGGUGUGCUAGACAGCAACUCAUGAAAUAAGAGGAUGGUUUAGAGAAGUGUGUACAAAUGCAUUCAAGGUUUACAAUUAGUACGGUCAAUUUUUUGCCCCUAGGCUGCUCCUGCUGUCCUCUUAGGCAUGGCUUAUUUUCAGCCAUAUUCUUCGGGGAAAAUAAAUAUCGCAUGGAAUGUGAUUCUUGAGUUUCAAAAUCCUGUACAUCUGAGAUCAUUAUGUUGUACCAUCUGGAUGAGUUUGUUCAACUUUCUAGUUGCAUACACCGCGUCCUCAUAUUUUUUCAAUUCUCCUAUGUACAUAAAUUUGGAAAAAGAAAAGCUGAGGGGGCAUUCUCUUUCAUUGCUAUUCAA